UUUGGUCGAAAACUUUACCGAAAUUGACAUUUUAAAGCGGAGCUGACACUGGGGACGGUCGGAAUGGAUUAAAAACAGAAAUGCUUAAUGUAAGGUAGUGAAGACGACAUUAAUACCGAAGUCAGUUGUUGGAGGCACCGUGUAUACUAUCUUGGGGGCAGUAAGUCAUGUCCGCCGGCAGCACUGGCAGUCAGAGACACAGCUCAGGUCCUGGCAGCUACAGGCAUGGACCCAGCCGGAGCAGCAGCCAGAGGUCGUCCUAUGAGGAGCGCUGUGUGGACCCAGUGGAAGACAGACUCCCGACCCCAGAGCCAAAGACGAUCCACAAAGCUCACCUGAAAGAUGCGAAUGGAAAGGAGUCUGAGACGCUGGGCUUCAUCCCUGGCUCAGCUGACCCUUCCUCUGCAACACAAACCUGCAAUCCCUGCGGCCCUCCAAGGAGCUGCAGGACCUUUGUGUGCAGUGUGCUCACCUGCGGCCUGUAUAGGGUCUGCCAGCGCUCCAUCCUCGCUCCGUGCCUGGCGCCAAACGAGAGCUCCCCAGAUGAACCAGAAAAGGUGAGCCUUCAAUCUGUGAAAGCAGGAGACAACCGAGAAGACGACGCCACAGACUGGCUGGGGGAUGUCCACAUCGGGGGAGUGAAAGUCGACAGUCCAAGAGAGUAUUUAGAAGUUGAAUCCAACGCUCCGUCCUACGUGCGUCCUCCUAGUGGUCAGACGCAGCCCAGCCACCCGUCCCUGCAUGAGUCCAUGAGGUUCGAUGACUGGGAGGACGGCGAGGAGGACGUAGACUCUCUGAUCACUAAGAAGCUGCUGGAGCUCUACUCCGAGUAUCAGAUCGAAGAGUUGGCCAGGUGCACCUCAGAUUCUGUGUUUCUGAAGAAGAGCAAGACCAUCAACCACCUCAUCAACUCACUGGCAGAGGAGCACAAGAUGGACGAGCAGGAGGCCGAGUGUCGGCUGGUGCGCGGCAUCAUCCGCAUCAGCACCCGGAAGAGCACGAAGAAGAGGCCGCACGUCUCCAGGAUGGAGAGGACGCUGUCGGACAGCGGCAACGAGACCAUGAGGGAGAGCGGCUCGUUCUCGUUCAGCAACAACAAUGAUUCCAAAUUAAAUCCAAACAUCCAAAUAUCAGAACUGACCUCCUCUGAUAAGUGUGCCAGAGAGAUGUGGAGGACCAAUGGAGGACGCACUUCUAGUUCUCCAACAGCCUACUCACCUUCUCACACAGACACUAAUUCUUCAGGUGUCCCACUCAUUCGCACCUCUGUGAGAACAUGAUUCCUGCUGCACGCUGGCGAUUUAUGCUUGAAUUAUUUGUCAUGCUGCGUCCACAAGGUCACGUAUGGGACGCUGAAAGGAGACACUACUUGCACAGGAGUCUCUGGCUGAGCCGAGCUCUUUGUAGAGACCAUGGCUUUGCUGUGGAAGAAGAAAAUGUGACUAUUCACAUUGUCUGAAGGACUUCAGUGAACUCAGGGCUCUGUGUGUGGAUAUUUAUGAUUAAUAAUGUGUAUAUUGAAGGAUUGCUUGAUGAGAGUUUGCCCUGCAGGCAGAUAUCACCAGCAGCUCUUAUUCUAUCACGGUUUAUCAUUAUGUUCAUGAAACCGGAUUGGUAAUUAUUCUGAUAUGCAAAGGAUAUUUAGUUUUAGUGUAAGUUGUUUUUGGGCACAUUUCAUCAUCCUGUUAGAUUUUAAACUAAUUUAUGUGAUUUUAAACUGUAUUUUGUGCUUUCAAUUGAAUGGUUAUGUAUCUCAGUGAUUUAAGAUGAAUGAUCACAAAUUUCUGUUUGAUAGUUUUUAUAAUUUGGCAUUUUUGGCAUAGUGGCCACAGUGUGAAGGGAUGAAGUAACUAUAGUAGGGCUGGGCGAUAUGGACCAAAAGUCAUAUCCCGAUAUAUUUAGGCUGAAUAUCAGUAUAUCCCGAUAUUUUUAUUGCAAAGUAAGAGCAAUUUUUCAGUCAAAGUCAAAUAGGACAUGUCACAAGUAGUUUUAUUGAAACUAUUUAUUUAAGUGACCAUAAAUGCAGUAUAACAACUUUUUAAAAAAAAUCAAAGCUCCAUAAAGUGCACGUUUAAAUAAAAAUAUAUGUUAAAUAUAAGCCGCAGCUUGCCUGGAGCAAGGAUCACAGUGCAAAAUUGAACUAUAUAGAUAUAUGCGAUAUGGUCUAAUUCCAUUUCACAUUUAAAAAUAAAUCGAUAUAUCGCCCAGCCCUAAACUAUAUAAAUAUAUAAUACAUACAUAUAUAAUACAUACAUAUAUAAACUAUAUAUGUAUGUGUGUGUGAAGAAAAAGUCAGUUUGAUAUCCAGAAAUGGCUUUAUUCCUGUCAUUCUAAUAUUAGGUGUGUUUUUUAUGUGUGAUGGUAGUACACUACAAAUAUGAAUGGUUUCUGUCAAAGCAACAGUUUGACAUUUUGGCGAAAUCGCUUAUUUGUUUUCUUGUGGAGAGUUAUAUGCUAGUCCUUAGCAUAAAGAGUGGAAACAUGGGGAAACGGCUAGCCUGGUUUUGUUAUAAGUUAAAAAAAAAUCUGCAUAGCAAUGUUUCUAAAGUUGAAAUCAUACUUUAAGCAUCCGUGAUCCUGGGUAUGUAACGUAAAUUCCAAGUUGUGAUUUUUCAUGAAAUUAUUCACAGACUAUUUUUUGGUCACAAUUUGUUUUUGUUUUUUGCUUCUGCGUGUUUAGAGGUGAGCUUUAAAGGUGCUGAUGGAGUAUCUUGUUACCUUUGGACAGAGCCAAGGUAGCUGUUUCCCACAGAUUCACUCUUUAUGCAAAGUGGUAUUCUCUUGGAAAAUAGGUAAAUAAUAUGUUUCCCCCCUGUGGAAAGUCGGGUUGAAAGCUACGUAAAAAGUUAGUAAGUUAACCUUGAGUUAAGUUUUUUUUCCUUUUGUUUCGAUUGAGACAUUUAUGAUGUUAAUACAUUGUAUAAUGUGAUUUCCUUUUUGUUCAAAGCACAUUGUAUUGUUUGUGUACAGUAAUAACAUGAAGCUCAUAUGAAGCAGAGAGCUCAUUUGGGGUUUUCACACCAAACACAAAGGACAUUUUUAAUGCAACGCAUCAGUGCAAAGAGGCGAAACAAAAAAAAAUAUUGUUGAGUUGUCUGAGCUACAAUUAAACAGUAUAGUUGUACAGAGACCAGACAAAUGAUCCCGCGAGGCUAAAAUUCACUUUGUGUUUGGUGUGAACACAGCAUUAAGCUUUUCAGUUCACCAGGUGUUUGAUGCAUUCUGGAUGCUGUUUGUGGCCGUCCUGUCUCUAAGUCUAAACUAAACUAAAUAUGUUGUGAUAUCUGGUGUGAAUUGCAGCUAGACUUAGGGUUGUAUCAUGUCCUAUAACUAAUAGUGACAUUAUCCCCAGCUGACUCAUGAAGUGAAUGUUUUCUUGACCCUGCUGCUUGCUGUGUUUGCUCCUGGGUGCUGAUGGGAAUUUGGCCAGCUGACUCAGUGGAAUUUAUUCAGCUCUGUGUCCUUCUUAUCAGCAUUAGCUUAUGGACCCUAUUGUAGCUCUUUCACUUAACACACAAGGGCAGCUAAUAUUCUAAAAGUAUAUUGUUUAACUGUCCAGAUCAUCUAUCCUCUUGUGCCCUAUUUUCAUCUCUAAAUAUAAAGAAUAAAGUACUUUUGGGACUUUGGGUAAUAUGGACGGAGAUAAUAAUAAUAACACCACAGUAUAUUUUCAGUGUGUCAAGAGAUUUGGCCGCAGCAUCAGGGUGGUUCUAAUGAAAACUGGUUUAUCUGGUUUCGACCAAGAAGCAGACUAUUGUUGAAGUGAUUAAUGUCUGUGUCAUAUAUACCGUAAUUAUCUUAAUAUACUACUUAUCCUUUCACCAAACUGGUUUAAUUGUCUGCUAAAGCUUAGCAUUUGUUUUCAUUUGCACAAUAGAUUUUCUCAGAAAGCUUCCUAAAUU